AUGUAUCACUCAAAAUCCAGAUCAACAAAAACCCUCUCCCCUCUCGACGGCAUCAAGUCUACCUCCAGUUCCAAACCCAAACCUAGCCAACCAGUCCACUACAAAAUCAACCCCACCUUCUGGAAACGCAACUACGAAAUCAGCGGCACACACCCUAUCUUCGUCGAGAACUCCACGAUGACACCGGGCAAACCCGACCUCACCUUCCACGCCGGGGACAGCCACGGCCCUGUGCUGGGCGUCGCCCGCUACCGGCACUUCUCGUCCGACAUUGAGAUCGGCCUAAGCGACCACCCGAGCUCGAAUCCGGGGCCGAGCAUGCGUUGGCAAUCCCUGCACCGCGACGGGCUAUCCCAAUCCCGAUAUCGAUUCACGACCGACAUGGGGAACGGCCGACUCGAGAGCUUCACGUGGCGCGCGACCCACCCGAUAUCUCUCACGAGAGAUGGCAGCAUGGAGCUCCUGCACGAUAGCACGCACACAGUGGCCGCGACCUUUUCGUCCAAGUAUAGCAUGCGCCAUACCGAGCAGAGCCUGAAGGUAUAUCCGGGGCUGGGCGGGGAUAUUCCCCUGCUGGCGCUGGUGACGGCGUUGACGCUGUACGAGAAGAUGCGGCGACGGAAGGCCGCAACGUCGGCGGCCACGGGCGCAGGUGUGGGUGCGGGUGCGGGUGCGGGUGCGGGUGCUUGA